GAUACCCCCAACCCCGCAUCAUUCUCACCCCACCUCUCUCUCCCCCUCUCCGUCGCCGCCCAUUCUUCGAGAACCUUCGAGAACCUCCCGAUCCCUCCCUCCCCUCCGCGCCAUGGUGUCGUGACGGGCCGCGGGCGGUGGUGGCGCACGACAUGGACCCCUCCUCCUCCUCCAAGUCCCCCGACCACGACGACCGCUCCGAGGCAGAGGCGACGCGCCCGCAGCCGCUCGAGUGGCGGUUCGCGCAGGUCUUCGGCGAGCGCGCGGCGGGCGAGGACGUGCAGGAAGUUGACAUCAUCUCUUCAAUUGAGUUUGACAAAAUCGGUGACCAUCUUGCCACUGGAGAUAGAGGUGGACGCGUAGUUUUAUUUGAAAGAACCGACUCCAGGGAUAGCGCCACUCGGAGUGAACUUGAGAGACAAGAUUACCCAAUUGCCAGGCAUCCUGAAUUCCGUUACAAAACUGAAUUUCAGAGUCAUGAACCUGAGUUCGACUACCUAAAAAGUUUGGAAAUAGAGGAGAAGAUCAACAAGAUCAAGUGGUGCCAAACAGCCAACAAUGCCCUCUUUCUCUUAUCGACAAAUGAUAAAACAAUCAAGUAUUGGAAGGUGCAAGAGAAGAAAGUAAAACGAAUUUCAGUGAUGAAUUUAGAUACUUCUCAAAGUUCAGACUACAAUGGUACAGCUUCCAGUUCAAGUAGUAGCAAUUCUAGAGCCCUUCUUCCAAAUGGUGGAUGCUCAGAGAAGUUAUACAACUGCACAAAUAACGACCUAUCAUUUCCUCCUGGAGGAUGUUCUUCGUUGCGUCUGCCUGUGGUAGUUACUGGCCAAGAUUUGAACCUUGUAGCAAGAUGCCGGCGUGUAUAUGCACAUGCUCAUGAUUACCAUAUUAAUUCCAUUUCGAAUAAUAGUGAUGGAGAGACAUUCGUAUCAGUAGAUGAUCUGCGAAUAAAUCUUUGGAAUCUGGAAAUUAGCAACCAGAGCUUUAAUAUUGUUGAUGUGAAGCCUGCAAACAUGGAGGAUCUAACUGAGGUGAUCACAUGUGCGGAGUUCCACCCCACUCAUUGUCAUACAUUAGCCUAUAGUAGCUCGAAGGGCUCUAUCAGGCUUAUUGACCUGCGGCAAUCAGCACUGUGUGACAACCAUGCUAAGCUAUUUGAGGAGCAUGAAGCACCUGGAUCGAGAUCCUUCUUUACAGAGAUAAUUGCAUCAGUUUCGGACGUAAAGUUUGCGAGGGAUGGAAGACACAUUCUUAGUCGUGAUUAUAUGACUCUCAAGUUAUGGGAUCUAAACAUGGAUUCAGGUCCAGUUGCAACCUUCCAAGUUCAUGAAUAUUUAAGACCUAAGCUCUGUGAUCUAUAUGAAAAUGAUUCAAUAUUUGACAAAUUUGAAUGUUGUCUGAGUGGGGAUGGGCUUCGUGUUGCAACUGGCUCUUACAGUAAUUUAUUUCGUGUUUUUGGUUGUACUCCUGGAAGCGCGGAGGCAACCACCUUGGAGGCAAGCAGAAAUCCCAUGAUGCGCCAGGUUGCUAAUCCAACAAGGCCUGCACGGACCCUGACCUCUCUGACCCGUGCCGUGAGGAGAGGUGGGGAAAAUCCGGGAGUUGAUGGUAAUGGAAAUUCUUAUGACCUUUCAACAAAGUUGCUCCAUCUUGCAUGGCACCCAACUGAGAAUUCCAUUGCGUGUGCUGCUGCAAAUAGCUUGUACAUGUACUAUGCAUAGGUAACAUGCUAGAGAAAUGUUUUUGGUUUGGUUGACGUGAAAGCAUUCUACGCUCACAUGCAACCAGGGAGAUGGUGCAAGGACAUUGUUGUGUCAAUUCCAUGAUUGGGGCCAAAAGAGGCAGUCGGUUUCCACGAGACCACUUCCGAUGCUACUUGCGACCAUAGCAGGCUGCCCCCAUCUGAUUCUUUAGUAAAUGUGAAAUAUAAUCUAAUCAUAUCAACAUUUUUGGUCCCAAGAUAUGAUUGUAGCUGCCUUGUAACCAGAAUCAGCAGUUGAAAGAUAAAGCAGAAGAUAGACAAUGCUGAUGCUAAUUUCAUCGAAGGUCACAGGAAUGUAUUUGCUUAACAGGGCUGUAAGAAUUUUUCUUUUCGUUUCUUUUCUUCACAUGGAAUGCCACCUAGCCAGGGCUAACCAUCUGUUGUCAUGAACAUCCAAAUCUUUGAACAUAAAAUUUUAUUACA